AUGGAUUUCCUCGUCGGCUCCUUCAACCAUCCCUCCCUCUACCUCCUCAACUUCGAUCCUAAAGAACAAACCCUCACCCUAAUCCGCGAGCAUCCAGCCAUUGGCGGCCAUUCCUGGCUCUCCCUCUCCAAGGACCACAAAUACCUCUACACCACUGCCUGGCUCGCGAAACCCUCCAUCGCAUCCUACAAAAUCCUCCAGAACGGCCGGGAUCUCCAAUUCCUCAACGCAAAGCCCGUCAAAUCCCUCUCGGGGUACGUCUGCUGUAAUGACACCCACGUCUUCAGCGCCGGCGGUCCGAGCGGGGAAGUGUUCCGGCUCGAAGCCGAUGGUUCGAUUGGGAACUUGGUGCAGGAAUUGGAUUUCGUGACGGGCCAGGGGGAGAAUCAGAGCGAGAAGCGAGGCGAGGUGGCGCAUGGGGAUUUCGGCGGUCUGCGGCAUGGGGCGCAUAGUAUCGAUUUCAGUCCCGAUGGGAAGAGUCUCUACGUGGCGGACAUCGGGAGGAAUUGUAUCUGGACCUACCGCCUUCUCCAUGCGAAACGAGGGAUAGACGACCCGCCCUUGGAUUUCGGAGCCAAGCACGUUUCCUCGAGAGAACAUGAUGGGCCCCGACACACGUAUCCCCAUCCAAAUGGAAAAGUCCUUUAUAGCCUGCAGGAGCACAGCAGUAUGGUCGAUGUCUUCUCUACAGCGCAAGAUGGGACGACAUUAGAACACAAACAAGCUUGCAGCGUUCUGCCGGAGGGGAAAGAUUGUAAACAGUACUGGGCCGACGAAGUCCGCUAUUCUACGGGCCCGGACCCCCUACGUCCGCGGUAUCUCUACGCUUCGAAUCGCGGACUCGAAGCUUCUACAAAAGGCUACGUAGCCGCAUAUCGAUUGAAACCCGACGGAUACCUGGAGAGCGAAGAACCGGUUGAUAUCUGGGAGACGCCCACUAGUGGAGGUCUAGCGAAUGCGAUAGAACUCGCUCCAUGGCAGAAAGGACAGAGUGAAGACGUGGAAUAUAUGGCAUUGACGGAUAGUCAAGAAGGAUGGGUGUCUGUGCUAAGCUUUGAUGGAAAGAAGAUCAACGAGGUAGCGAAGGUGAAUCUGGGAAAGACCGAAGAGGGUAAAGUGGUAGGUGCUGCUACUGCUGUGUGGCUGUAA